AUGUAUUGCCUUACUAGCAUUGUUCCGAAGGGUAUGAGACGGUGGCUGGUUGGGUCCAGGUUUCAAAGCCAUACGACUAUAGACUUUAUUGGCGUGGAGAGAGGCCCCGACGACCUCGUGGUUACUUGCCUUCGUGGCAGGUUUAGGGACCGUCUUCUCUGGAGCAACUUCAAGGCAAUUGGGCAACCGGCAAUAGUUGCAGUUGCUCGUGCUGGUUGGCACAUCCAGAGCUUGGAUGAUAUCGCCAACUCAAUCAGGGAAGGGAGGUUCGACGAGCUAGAGCUGGAAAGAGCCCGUGAAAAUGCAAAGAAAAAUCUUACAUGGAUUAACCGAUCGUCGUCUGGACCACCGAGUCAGUUUGAUUAAAUCAGUCAUGUAUUGGAGAAGCCAAUAGGCGCGAUGUCCAGAACGAUAUAUGCGUGUAUUGACGUAAAACGGUAUUCCGGUAGUGCAUGAGCCGUCGUGC